AUGCCGUCCCCUGCGACCCCGCAGCGUCCCUCCAAGGCUGGAGGGAGUGCGAAACCCACUCCGAAGGCAGUAGACAUCGGCCUACCGCUCGGGAUCCACGAUACAAACACAGUGCGCGCAAGAGUGCGGAACUGGCAACAACAAGGAGGUGGCGUGAUCACGAUCGACGAUGGACUGUACAAUGACGAAGAUGAUAAUGAGACCAAGAAUAAACCUGCGCCCGACCCUAUCAAACCAAAGUCAGAAGCAGGGAAGGAGAAGCCCGCGAAGGCGAAACCCACCAAAGGCGCCGUGUGGCAGACGAGGAAAAGAAGUCACAGUACCCCGCGCAAACGAGUCAUUAGCGAUGAACACUGGAGAAGGAAUCGGUCGAAUACUUCGGUAGGACAAACGCCCACUCGCAACCUGCCGCCUCCCAAGCGCAUCAGUGAAUACACCACAAACGAAGGGGCGGAACUGGGAUCUCCACGGGCGACGAAAGAUAAUCUCAAAGAUCUGUCAGAUAAAAGCAAAGAUACUCCGCGAUCUGGAGCGAAAACGCCCGUCAAAGAAUGGAAGUCGACCCCUCGCAAACGGCCCGAGUCCGUGGUGGAAAGCGACUGGGAGACGGAGACGGAUCGGCCCAAGUCUGCCAUCCGGUCAGAAGUGUCAGGGAAACAUAAGCGACAAUCGCCACCGCCUGAUGAUACGGUAGAAUGGGCACGAAGCGAGGCUGACUUCUCAGAAUUAUCGAGGAGGCGCGCUCGCGGACACCCGCAAGUUCCCAAAGGAGGCAUCUUUGCACAGAUGCUGGACGAGUCCAGGAAGAUGUUCACUAUACCCAAAGCGGAGCCUCCAAGGCCUCCUCCACCAACAGCAAACCGGGGUGCGAAGAUUGAGGCUUGGUUAUCCGACCAACCGGAUCCUUUCUUAGACGAGGAGGACAAACCGGACAUGCCUAACCCACUGGACAUCAAAUCGGCACGAGAGAGACGAUCCAAGAGAGUGGCUAAUACGGACACCGCGAGCAGCUUGACAUCUGAUACGCUAGCAGAAAGCGAGUCUCGCCCUAAAAGCUCUCAUGGCCGACAUGCCAGAGACAAAGAUCGCCCCCCGUCAAGCGAUAGGCUACGCAAAUCUCAUGACAUUGAGAUUGUGUCAGCGCCCAGGCGAGCAAGCGCCGACAAGACCCGCAAAUCGCCAAAAGUCAAGGUUGAGAAAAAUUUACGAGAGUUGCUAUACGAGGACAGCCUUGCAACAUCCGAGUCUGAAUUUCAACCAGAUUCGGAGAUAUCCGAGGUCUCAGGAAACAAUGCACCUGUACCGCUGGGCCGUAGCAAGCCAUUCCCGAGCACUGGAAUCCACCAACUAUCCACUAUUGCUUCAAGUGAGACUUUGAGCACCCUCCCAGAAGGAUCAUCCUUGUCCGCUCCGGCGGCCCCGGAGAGGGCUACGGCCAGCGCCGCUCGACAGAAUGAGUCCAAGCCCGCACAAGAAGCAGAAGAAGCUGCAGAAGAGCAGGACCAUUUUGACCCUGAUUCCCUCCCUGUCUUUUCAUCACAGCUGAAGCGUCGACUCACAAACCACAAUGAUCUCAUGUCUGUCCUUUCGGUUCCUGCCUCCAGAAGCAGAAGUAUCCGCUCCGCUCGAAGUAUCCGGACCAACAAGAGUCGAUUGGCCAGUGCGACUAUCCCAGACCUCCUGGCUGAGCUAUCCGCCGAUGAAGCGAAAUAUAUGCGAGAGCUCAAGACCCUUGUUGGUGGUGUCAUCCCCGUGCUGCUGACAUGUGUUCUUUCACGAUCCGAUUCAGCCAUCGCCGCUGGCUUGUUCCGUCCCUCGCUAGAUCCGAAGGAUGACUUGAAUUUCUCCAAGCCCAUCGUCAAUAUGGGGGUCGCUAUAGAACGCUUAAAGACAUUGCAUAAGCGCAUCCCCCAGAACGACACAGAUGCCCUCCUCAACUGGGCACAGGGUGCACAGAGAGUCUAUAAGGAAUACCUCAAAGCCUGGAGGCUUGGGUUCAAAGAUGUCAUUGUGAACCUUGCUCCCUUGGAAGAAGGGGAAGAAAAUGAUAAUGCGGAGACAAAGAGUUUGGAUGAAGGCAUGGAGCGGGAUGAGAAUGGCGAUAUUGUCGAUUCUGAAGGCGACAAGGUUGAUGUUGCCUAUUUAUUGAAGCGGCCAUUGGUGCGACUGAAGUACCUUGCUAAGAGUUUCAAGGGGAUCAACACCUUGCACCCAUCACCAAAAGCCGAAGGGAUCGCCACUGCCUACCAGGGUCUCGUACUUGAUGCUCGAAAACGCGCUCGUGAUGAGAGAGCGAGACUGGAGGAUGAGUCUGCUGCUACUAUUGACGCAAGUCGCGCUAGAGACCCCAUGACUCUGGCAGUCGCCCGAAAUGUUGUGGUUGACCAGACUCGUCGAGUUCGUGCUCGCGAUUUCUUCAAUCUAUCGCUCUACCAUUCGAGUGGCCAAUUAGUAGACUGUCGUGCCGAGUUGCUUUAUCGAGACAAUGUCUCCGGGCAUGGAACUGGAGGCGACUUGAUGAUCUGUGAGAUUGAUCAUUCAGACCGCUGGCUGCUUUUCCCGCCCGUGGACCUUCGAUGUGUUUCGGCCCGGAACGGUGAAACUGGCGAGAUCGUGAUCAUGCUUCGUAGUGCGUCCGGGGAUGAGAAGUAUUGGCAAGAGCUGAUUUCUCUUCGUAUUGAUGACUAUGAGAUCGGUAUGGAGUGGGUUUCGCUGCUGGGCUCCGAUCCUAUUCCUCCAUCGAUUUGCCGCAGCCAGAGCUUCAUCAGUCGAGCAAAGCAACACAAGGCGCGCAAGUCUUCUAUUAGCGACUCUCCACCUAGAGCAAACCCCAGUGAUGUCGAUAUCCCAAUUGGCGAGAGACGUCGAUCUUUCACUCCCAAAGAGCAUUAUUCCGAGCCGAGCACUGUCAGCUCUUCUACAACCGAUGCAAGGAGUUCUCUGUACUCUUCGGUAACUCGCGAUACGGAUUACACCACGGGAGGGUCUGAGGUCUCCGCAAAACAACACCGCUCUGGAUUACAGUCUCUGCCUUCUCAGAGCAAUGCUGACAAGUCCCCCAAUGGGCUGAAAAGAUCGAAGGCAAAGAGGCAGUCCCGCUAUGGAGACAGCCCGGCUUCAGAGGUGCCUUCUCCCCAGACGAUUGUUGAGGAGCCCACAGCAUCGGCCGCGGCGGCGUCAGAGUCUUCGCCAAGUAAAAUCCGAUACUAUGGAGAGGGUAGCGAGGUAAGCCAAGGCACAACUUCUCCCAAACCGAAGCCAAAGCCUGCUUCAAAGAUUCCCCAGCCUAAGACUCCACGGAAGCAGGAGUCGCCAGAGCCUGAAUCUCCUCGUGUGUCGUCAGUUCCGUCGGCGCGCCUCCCCCAGAUUCCUAAGCUUCGGAGCACCAGCAGCCAAACUCAUAUGUCUACACCGAGUAGCGUUGACCACGACGAGGAAGAGGACUAUCCUCCUCUGGAGUCGCUGCCCACUCAAGAAAUCCCAGAGACUCCCACAAAAUCUAGGAGAAGAAAGUCUCGCCGCAGGUCAACGCACGACGACGCACCUCCACCCCCGCCACCCCAUAGAUCGCCGAGCUCUUCCACUGGCAAGCUUUCAAACAGCCCCGUUCUCAGUCCAACAAGUGCUCGACUAAAGCGUAGGGGCUCUUCGCCUCUGAAGCAUGAGUACGAACCUUCCACAGCUUCAGAUUCUUACACGGAGUCGGACUCGGAUGCCUCAACAGUGCGACAUUAUAGUUACUCCUCGUCGGAAUACUCUCGAUCCGACUCGGAAGACUCCUAUUCCUCGGCUUCGGACUCAGAUUACGAGGAGAGCGAACUCAGUGAGCUCCCCAAGCCCAGGCGCCUCGAGUCGGGUAUUUCCGAAGCAAGCUCCCUAUCUCCUUCCAAUUCUGCAUCACAGAGCGGGUACCGAACUGUACCAUUGCAGCCCACCAAGUCUUCGAAGGCCAUCGCAUCAAUUUUUGCAUGGUCUGACAAGGGAAGUUGGGAGACUCUGCUUCCUGAUGACUGCAGCAUUACCGUCAGCCCUGGCCUUAUUGAGGCAUUCAAGAUGAAUGCCGAUUCUCGAUCAAAACCGCUGAUCUCUAUGGAGCUGACCCCCCUUGUCCCCAUUCGCCGGGGUACAGCCAUCGACAUUAGCAUUCGCUCGCCCCCGACUGAACGUUCCAAGAUAACCUCCAGCAAUAACAUAAUGUUCCGGUCACGAAACCCAGAUGACUGCGACGCUCUCUAUGCUCUAAUCAACCACGCUCGCAUCAACAACCCAACCUAUAUUGCUCUUCAAAACGCCCGCGGGCCCAUGAACGACAACCUGCCAGCUUUUGAGCCGGCCACCAAAUCCGGUGGAAGCUGGUUCGGAUUCCCCCGUCGGAGAAGAAGCUACAGAGCGUCAAGCAGCUCCCCCCGCUCUCUCGCCGAAAACUCCGAGAGCAGUGUUGGAACAAUGAGCAGCGCAUUCUCGGCCCUGAAACGCUUCGGCGGCGGAAGCAAGAUGUUCAACAUCGCCCGCUCAACAGUCAGCUCCCGCACCGGUCGCGAAGGGAGUCUAUACUCCGGCGACGGCGACUCAGGCGAUGCCCCCUCUCCAUCGUCCGGCAUUGGCCGCAUAGCAGCUGCAAUUAAGGGCGCCGAUGGAAUCGGUCUUUCAAAUGCCAAGAUCCGUAUUUACCUACGUGAAUCAGCAUCUAAAUGGCGCGAUAUGGGCGCUGCCCGUCUAACCAUCAUGCCUGCUCCACCAAAGAACCCAUCCCGCCCUGGAACAGCUGUGAGCGGCAGCGGCCGCAGCGACAAUAGUGGCUCGCACGGCGAUGGAAGUUCCCCGCCUAGUUCGGGAGCGGCAACCCCGCGCGCUGAUGCUGAGUCGAUGAAGCGCAUCGUCGUCCGCGGUAAGACGCGUGGUGAGAUCUUGCUGGACGUUUGUCUUCCUGAGAGCUCCUUUGAGCGAAUCGCACGGACCGGAAUCGCUGUCUCCGUGUAUGAAGAGACCAACGACGGGGUCAUCUCAAAGCAGGGUGGUGUGAACACGAGCUCUCAGAAGAUCUUCAUGAUUCAAAUGAAGAGUGAAGCUGAAGCUGCUUAUACAUUUGGUCUUGUGGGUAAGCUGCGGUAUUAG